AUGGCCGAAAUUCCAGCUCCCCUCGCGGCCGUUCAGGUCGAGGCCUUGGUGGUCAUGAAAAUCAUCAAGCACUGCUCCCAGACCUUCCCUUCUACUGCGACCGGCGGCAUCGUUGGUAUGGAUGUCGAUGGCACCCUCGAGAUCACCAACACUUUCCCAUUCCCCGUCGUCGAAGUCCCCGCUGAUUCGCACUUUGAGAACGCGGCUCCCAACCCGGCCGCUGCCGCUCCUCGCGCCAAGGCAAACGCCGCAUACUCUGCAGAGAUGAUUCGCAUGUUGCGUGAGGUCAACACUGAUGCCAACAGCGUCGGAUGGUACACCAGCGCCAACAUGGGCAACUUCGUCAACAUGAACGUGAUCGAGAACCAGUAUUACUACCAGAGCCAGUUGAACGAGCGCACAGUCGCCCUCGUUCACGAUGUCAGCCGCAGCGCCCAGGGCAGCCUUAGCCUCCGGGCCUUCCGCCUGUCGCAGAAGUUCAUGACUGCGUUCAAGGAGAACAAGUUCACUUCCGAGGACCUCCAAAAGUCCAACAUGCGCCACCCCGACAUCUUCGAGGAACUGCCCGUCAAGCUCCACAACUCCCACCUGAUCACCUCUUUCAUCCACCAGCUGCAGAGCCCGACUUCCUCAACUUCCACUGAGCUCCCCUCCUCCCUGGCUGCCCUCGAGUCCAGCCCCUUCACAAAAACCUCUACCCUCACCCCCAACCUCGACAACCUGUCCCUCAGCAUCGACCCCUUCCUGGAGAAGAACUGCGAUCUCCUUCUGGACAGCAUCGAGACCCACAAUACCGAGGUCAACAACUACCAAUACUACCAGCGUGUGCUCGGCCGCGAGCAGCAGAAGAUCAACGCCUGGAAGGCGAAGCGCGCACAAGAGAACGCCACCCGUGCCACUCUCAACCAGCCCCUCCUCCCCGAGGACGAGUGGCAGCGUCUGUUCAAGCUUCCCGCCGAGCCCAGCCGUCUGGAGAGCAUGCUCAACACUCGCCAGGUGGACCAGUACGCGCGCCAGGUCGACAGCUUCGUCUCGUCCAGCACGGGCAAGAUGUUUGCCAUCAAGGGCAACCUGCUGCCCAACGAGACUUCGAACUGAACGGUGAUGAUUGCGAAGGGGAGACACGACGCUUCUGGUAUUGCAUGACCUUUUUACGGCGUAGGGAGGGAAAAUGUUCUCUAUUUUGGAUGUUAAUAUGACUUCCUGUUUCUUUUUUCUUCUAUGAGCGGAGCUGAGUCUCUGGGCAUUAGACUCCUGCGUUGUAUCGACUUGUAUUCGAUCAUAGAAGGAAAUCUUUAUUUUGUUUAGAAUAUAACAGACACAUUGAAC